GGGUUAAAACGAACUGGAGGAGGCACAGCAGCUGCGGCGGUAAACUCGCUAGCAUGGGUGGAGUGCGAUGUUGACAUGAAAAGCCGCAAAUUAGCCGUGAAGAAAUUUCCGGGGGAGGCUGCGUGAAAAAAAGAAGCCGCAAAAAGGGCGUCUAAAGUAGCCGCAGCGUCCAAAGUGUCUUAAAUUCGACGUAAACUGCAGCUAAUAUGAGUGAUGUGAGCGAGGGGUCUCUGCUGGAUUACUUCUACGACACUGCGGGCAGCUCAGGCAAAGUGAGAAAUGCAGACAUACUGAAGACUUUUAAGCCUUUUAUUGGCCACAGUGACGUACAGUUGCGUGCUAAAUACAGAGAGGAAUUCAAGCUCAUUAUUGACAGAAUCGCUGUGGUCAAGACUGAAAAUGGAGAUAAGUACCUUUUCCUCAAGAAGAAAUACAGACAGCUGCUGCUAGCACGAGACAAAGACAAAACUCACGGGUCUGAUGCGGACGGGCAUAGACUUUCGAGUCCCUCCACGGUGCCAGCGACAGCACAGUGGGAGGCAACAGAAAGGGAAUGUCGGGAUGAGCUGAUUACCUGCGGCGAGCCAGACAGUGCUGCAGAGUGGGAAUCUGAGCAAGACGAGGAGUCGACGGGUAGUAUGGGAUCUGCUGCAGUCGCACUGGACCCUUUAGAAAAAGAGUGGAUCUACUUUGCGGCUGGUGCUCGAGUUCCUGACCUCUCUCAUCUGCUUCGACAAGACCCAUCACUUGCCAACAAGAAGGACUUCACAUCAGGGUUUACUGCUCUGCAUUGGGCUGCCAAACACGGCAACGAGGACAUGGCAACUCUGAUCGCAAAUGCCGGCGCUGAUGUCAACACCAAAUCGCAUGGGGGUUAUACACCUUUACACAUCGCGGCGCUGCAUGGACAUCGGAACAUUCUUGAUCUGCUCGUUGGGACUUAUGGUGCUAAGGAGAAUUUGAGGGAUUACAGUGGCCAUCUUGCUUUGCAUUAUCUCAAUCCGAAAGAAGCAGAAGGUCCAGAGGAGGACUGCGAGCUGCCAGCCGAAUUCCAAGUGUCCCAGGCCAGAGAGCGUAACAAGAACAGGAAGUUGGUGUCACUCUUCCAGUCCAAGAAGAAGUGGGGCUCCGCCGAGGACCUGGAACCCAUCGAGGAAGAGAGGACGAUGACGCAUCAGCUGGCCGUUCCCGCCUUCAGACCCAGGAAGUUUUCACGCUGAGGGACAAUGGACACUCAGGACUGUUCUGCAAGUUGAAUUCAGUUUUUACAAUUUGCUUAAUUGUGAAUGCGGCUUUUGCACUUUGCUUAAUUGCUGCAUUGGUUUUGAACCAUCAAUUAUCUGUGGACACCAACAUCCUCCAUACAGCUUCUACCUGUAGUAUCUAUUAUUAUUUUGUGACCACAUCAGUAUUUACACUUGAAUGGAUAUUGCCUUAUGUUACAUAUAGAACCAGCUUGCCUUGGAGCUCAGGAUCAUUUUAAAGUUAUAGAAUUCUCUUGCGUUUCUGUUUACACUUUAAUCCCUUAAACCAAAAAUAGCUUUUAUUGUGAAAAGCUAAUUAACUGCCUAAAAAGUGAAUGCUUUAUUGCUGUAGUUUCAACUAACUGCAAAUUUGAUCCAAAACAACCACUACGUACUGGCUCAUACCUGCACAGUUAGCUUUCAAUCUUGUGUGCUGGAAAGCUCUUAAAUUUUAUGCCAUGUUAAACUUUUUUAUGCACUUAGAUGAUAUGAGAGCAAAUAUAAUUGGCUUGAAGGGAGCUGUGUGCAGUGACUUUUUUGUCGUCCCCCCCCCCCCCCCCCCUUGUUUUCAUACCGCUAACUUGUAGAUUUUAGGUGAUUAGCACAUUGCCUUCGGGUUUUAAUACCUAGGUUAAGAAGAUCAUCUAAAAAUGUACAUAAAUUGUGACCUGUCAAACGACUAGUGGGAUAUUUACAGCAUGAGUAGGGGGGGGACACAUUCUAAAAACUAACCAAAAGUCUGCAAAGUUUGAUGUCAGAGGAUGGCUCAAGGUGUCACUUGGCUGCCAUUUGGAGUUCAGACGAUGUGAAUUUGUAUGGUAAUUAACGUUUUCAUGCUGGCAUCGGAUAAUUAAGUGCCUUAAUUAAGUUUAGUGCUAGAUUUUACUUGUCGAUGCCAUUUGCAGUGUUACUGUGCCAAUUUAUAUUUCAAAGGGAAUUCUGUUGGGGUUUUUUUACUGUUGAAAGGCGAUACUUGCAAUUUGUAACUCAGUUACUUGUACCAACCGUGACUGUUGUUUAAACAAUAUAAAUACAUUGUUUAUAUGUAUUGAACUAUUUUCUACUAAAUUCACCUCCUAGUGUCUUUAAAAUUGUAUUAGCUGCAGUGGGCUACGCACGGACACAGGCACGAAAGUUUUACCUCAUACUCAAGAGGAUGCUGACAAGCCAGUGACGCAAAGAAGGCAUGGUGGGGUGAGAUAGAUCACCUAAGUUUAUAAAAUGCUUCUCGGAUGAAAAUAAUUGCUGGUUAGAAACAAGAUCAGAGUUGUUAGUGAAAACGAGUUUUUGUGUAAAGGGCCCCCGAGUAACACCGCCUCCGACGUUUCUUCAACUACCUGACUUUUUUGGUCACAGAUGGAGUAAAUAUGGACGCUGCUAACUCUCCAUACAACUUCAGAUCUUAAUUCCUGAUUAGCUGAAAAGGGCAGCACUUGCUCUCCGGAUCUCGGGAUAUCGGACGACACCAAGGGAGGGAAGAGGGCAAGUGUUUUUGUGCCUCAUUUUUGAAGCGGGGAUGUUGGCGGGAUAAGAGGGAGUUUCUGUAAUAGAUACUUAUCUUACUGCCCUCAAGCCCCUCAAACAAAGUCCCCCUCUGAAGAGAUUAUAACCCAGGGAGGCACAUUAACUCUAAUCCCAUGCUUUGAGGCCUCGCACCCCCGUACCUCCCUCUGCCCCAUUUAUUCCAUCCCUUCUGUUGUUUGAGGAGAGGGGGGGCCCACCUUGUUUCUGGUGCUUGUAAGAGCGAGGCCUGUGGCUACGUGACGCCUGUGUGUGCGGGUGGGGGGAGUGUUGGAGUGACUGCUGCUGUUUCUAUAGCCCGCUGACUCUAGUGAAAAGCACCGAGGGCUGCAUACUGCUGUGUAACCGAUUCCUCUCUGAAGAGAUUAGGCGCUACAUUGUCGCUUCGGUUGCUCAUUUCCAUGAGAGCGCAGCCUCCCGCCGGCGCUCCGCUCGCCUUUGUUAUUUCCACUCGGAAAACACAGGGCCCGAUGUCCCGGGCUUCCUCGUUGUCAUUGUUUCACAAAUAGGCCCCGAAUGUAGAUGUCAUGUCACAGAUGCCCAUUAGUGGCUGGAGAGAACACAUGUGCGUGAACUUCAAUUUGUUGUGUUUGUGCACCGCGUGGAUUUGACAGGACAACUUUGAGGUUUUGCUUAUUAAUAUAGCUGGGAGACAUUAUUUGUACCAACUACGCUCCUCAAUUAUUGGCUGAUAAUCUCUGGUGAGAUCAUUUAUGACGAAAAAAACAAAAAUUAUUUUGUGGAUAAAAAAGUGUCUCAAAUGGGUCAUGUAACUUGCAGAGUAAGUCCGUUUGAUUAUGCAACACUCUUAGACUUAAAAAAAAUCUACUUUUAUUUCUAUUGACCUUUUAAUGUAUGUUUUUGAUAAGGCCGAUGUACACUGAUGUAAAACAUGUAACGCCAACUCAAAUUGCACCAAAAUUUGUCAACACCGUUCUGUGACAAAAUGAAAGUAAAGCAUUAUAAAUGAAUAA